UUGUCACAAAAAUAAUUUAUAAAUGUCAAUCACUUAUUUUGUUGUUUGUCAAGUUUAUAAAAUCGUUCAUUCAUGUUGAUUUUUGUUAGAAAAACUCGAAUCGUCCAAAAUUAAACUGAAGAUUUGAUCAUAAAAUGCCAUACCAGAAAAAUCCGUCAAUCAUCAGUAAUCCCAAACCGGUGAACAUCUUUUAUGUGUGGUACACUGAGCUUUGUCGACGUUUGAAUAGCACCCCAGCUCCUGUGGUAAAACCUGCGAAGCCUAAAUGUCAAACAGUAUUGAAUUUUGUAGCUGAUCGAUUAAAAGUGGAAGAAUGGAGUCCGGUAAUAAAUGCUUUGAGGCACGAUACCAGUCUUCAUGUCAUUGCAAUUAAAAGUAGAUUAGGUAAUUGUCAGUUUCUACAUGACGUUGAUACUGAGGAAAAACUGCGUCAAAUGAAGAGACGUUCUGGUUCAUUAUGGACCGCUUUUAUUCUGAAAUCGUUGCUGAAGUCCUUAUCCUGCACCAUAAGAAAUACGCAAGUCCUGACGUGUCUCGAAUUUGAUGGAUUACCCAUGUUUGCACAAUAUCUGGAACCACUCAUGAAGGCGCUUCAGAAGAACAAAACAUUGAAAAAUUUAAGUUUAAGUCGUUGUCGUAUCUGUGACUCCGGCUGUCAAAUCGUAUGCGCUUACGUACGAUUUGCUCCAAACAUCGAAGUGUUAAAUCUCAGUGGAUGCGGUUUGACGUCUGAAAGUGGUGAACAUUUGGCCAAACUGAUUAAGUAUCAGCAAAUCAACAGAUACUGCGAGAGUUGGCAUAAUUCAUUGAGGUAUUCGGAUCCAAACAUUCAAGUGAUGCGAGGUAUCAAAAGGAUAACUUUAAACGGCAACCCUUUGAUUGGAGAUAAUGGUCUGAAUUUUAUUUUAAAUGAAUUGGACGAUGAUUUGUGGAUCAAAGCUUUGGACAUGCAAAAAUGUGGAAUAACAGAAAACAUGGGAUUGAGGAUUAUCGAUCUCGUUGAAUACAGUCAAUCUUUAGAAAUCGCAGAUUUUAGAUUAAAUGAAGACUUGACUGAUUUAACAUUGGAGAAAAUUUUAAAUAUUCUUAAACAAAAAUAUGUGGAAGGCCAAUCGGAAUACCAGUGGUGUAAUACUAGCUUAAGCACAGCAUGUGAAUCAUUUAUAGAUACAAUGUCUACUUUCACUUCUACCAAAACUCCGCAACUUUACAAAGCCAAGUCGGCACCUUUUAGACGUUACGAGUCUAAAGUCACCAUAACUGAGAGACCUGUUAGACGAGCGAAAACUUCUGAAAACAUUCACAACCAAACUAAACAAGAAAAUGUUAUCAAUGAGAAGAAAGUGAUGGAACUAAGCAACCUAUUAAAAGAAGAGAUACUGAAACGGAAAGAGACUGAAAAAAUCAACGAAGAACUGAAGCGAAGACUUGAUGAAUUUAGUAAAGGAGUGCAAGGGAAAACUAACGUAGAUGUAAUUGACAAUGUGGUUUUGAAAUAUAAGGAAUCUGGUCCUGCGGAAAUGCUUAAUCAAAUUUGUAGAAAAAAUGGAGUGCGAAAAAAAAAUGGAUAUAAAAACGGCGCUACAACAAACGGAUAUCGUGACGACAAUGGAUACAACUUUAACAACGACGUGGCAUAUACAAUUUUUGAAAAGUUAGUUGGUAAAGACAAUAGGGACGAGAAAAGCUUGGACGAGGACAGUUUGCUUGAUUACGUGCGGGAAGAAAAGACGGAAAAAGAUGAUAACAGAAAACAGAGGAACGACUGCGACAUGACUGAUAGUCAAAUUUCGUUAUUUAAGUUUAUGGAAAAUUUAAAGAACAAUCACAACUUGCCUAUGAAAUUUAUGAAUCGUUCAAACACUUCAAGAUAUUAUAUACACGUAAAAAAGAAGGUGUGAUAAUGUGAAAAAUGUCUUUUAUUAAAACUUAAGUUCUUUUUGCGCAACUGUAACAAACAACGUAAUAUUUCUAAAUUUGAAGUGAAAUAAAUAUAAUUAUACACCAAUGCAAUUUAUUUUGUUCAGUAAUGUAUUAUUGAUGUGAUGUGGUGCUAUGUUUUGGUAACAUUUCCAUAGUCAUUUAUU